UUCAAUAGAGGUGCAAUUGGUGUUAGUGUUGAUUAUGAUCAUAUGAAGGAAAACGUCGGAUAAUAAUAUCUAAGUGGAAAAUGAUCGUGAUUCAAGUAUUCCUUCUGGUCGUCGCUACCUCGAGGGCGUACACGCUUCAAGAAUCAGUCUCAACUGAUUCGACCUCGGGUGGUAACAAUUGCUCGACCACCGACAGCUUUCUCAUUCUUCGUUCCUCAAACGAGACACAGGAGAGCCGGAUGGACAUGAUAGGGACGAACGUGCUCCUUGACAAUACGAGGAACAACUCGAACGUGUCGCACCCGGGAACGUUGACCUCAACCAAAGACUGGGACGAGAAACCGAAGCUGAAGUUUCCGAAAUUUGCCACAGAGGAGCGUUACAAGAUGGCAAGUUUGCAUCUCGAUAAGGGCUGGUUUGCCUUCGAUUACCUUAGAAGCUUCCUGUCUUUCGUACAACCUUACGACAUACCGAUCGAUUUACUGACGGAUGCCUUGGAAAAUCGCAUAAGCACCAUGAAAUUGAUUUUAAAGUCCAUGCACGUGGAAGCAGCUUUUCUGGGCUUAGCAGGCGUUUGCUGCGUACUGGCCUGCAUAAUACCUGGCACAGAACUUUGGCUCGCCUGUCGUCCAAUCAGACAGGAUUAUAAACCCUCUCAGCAUCCCGGUGUUCUCGCGUUUCUCCUCGCCAUUCUCGCCUUUACGCUCGGGUCUUGCAUGGUGACAAUGAUAAUAUGCAACGAGGAAGUGGCAGCUGGGAUCGGGAAGUUCCCUAUAACGGUAGAGACAGCAUUGCAGGAUUUAAAGGACUAUCACGUAGAUGCCACGUCACAGCUGCGAAAAUGCCUUACGAGGAGCUUGGAUGUGGCUAGCGAAGCGAUUCUCGCAGAUCUGGACAAUGUCGAGGAAUUAUUGGGCAAACCUGUUCAAACCGAGCUUUCGGCCGAGACUGGACUUGACGUGGCAUUGGAUGCAUUGGUUGACUUAGCAAAUGCGACGCAAGAGUUAUCUGCCAGAACUGAAUCUUUGCUGAGGGAGGGUGAGAAAGCUCACGAACUCGGAUUGGAAUUGAGUAGGGAAACGGACGAGAUACGACGGGACUUGGAAAGUGCGGUGAGAGCAUGCUCCGGUCCAGAUCGUUCUCUUUGUGCUGUCAUUGACUCUUCAGGGAUUCGCUUGGAUCUACAGAUAGAACGGCUACUGAGAGACGAUCGUUUGCUACUUCUACGGAACAUCAGUCGGGGAAAUUUGACGGAAGCAGGACGUCAAGUUCGCGGAGAGUACCUCUAUGUACCGCAUCACAUCGCCCGGACCACAUUGGAUGCUCGUAACCAGAUUCGGCGUGAGAUCAAUGCAGCACGUGCCAGGAUUGUCGAGCAAACGCGCAGUAUAGAGACGAAUAGUUUCGAACUCUCAAAGCAGCUGGAUUCUGUGAGAAGCAUCACGGAUUAUGCUAUUCCUCGUAUCAUCGCUUUCGAGCAUAUCAGGUGGAUCGUUGGCACAGCUAGUGUUUUAUGUAUUCUACCGGUCUUUUUGUUACUCAUUGGAGCUUUGUGUUAUCGCUGGCGGUCCAAAAAUAAAGUACGUCCAAUUCUUUUGUGUGGAGUGGUUAUGAGUUGUUUUGUCUCAAUUACAUUAUGGUCAGUAUUUAUCGUCACUCUGGGCAUCGCCAGCCAUACGGAAAUGUUAAUAUGUCGGCCUCUCUAUGAUCCUGACUAUCGUAUUAUGGAAGCCGUGCUGGAAACCCGAGCGUUUUUGGGAAGAAGGCUCGAAGUUUCCCUCAAGGAGCUCUUUGAAAAAUGUCGAAACAACGAGGCAGUUUAUCCCGCCUUCGGGCUGGACACGAUAAAACUAGAACAUUUGACUGCGCAUUGGACAUGGAUAAGCUUGUCUAAAGCAAUUUCAAAUAUCAAAGUUGAUUUGAAAGGUCUCCGAAUAUUAACGCCAAAUCUGCGGCUUCAGGAUUUAUUAUAUGCUUGUGGUUUAAAUCUCACGGCGCACAGAAUAAUGAUUCAAGGACCAAUUUUAAAUAAAGAUUUGACUACAAUGUCCAAUCAGUUAGACAAUAUAUCCCGUCAGCUGCAAGAUAGAAGUAUUGCCAGAGAACUGCAAAGCAUUGGGAUAACAAUGCGCGAUCUGACAUUGAGACGGGUGAAGCCUCUAAUGAAAUUCCAGGACGAUUUGGUGUAUCGCCUUGCAGUUCUGGAGUUGAAAGUGCAACCUCUUUGGCGUCAAGUUAAUCAAUCAAUCUCUCAUCUCCGAACUAUACAAUAUUAUAUAGAUCAUCAGGGAGAAAAGAUAGCUCAAUGGUGGGCGACAUGCUAA